UUAUAAGGUACCUUCCACACACCUUGAAUUUAUAACCUUAUUAACAUAAUGCCUUCUGUCCACUCCAGCCCCUUCCAUCAAAUGGAGAAUCCAGCUCUGGUAUCGUUGUUACAGCACACCACCAAUCGGGAAAAACGAUCAAAGAGCCGUGGCAGCGGCGGCGGUGGUGGUGGGAUAUUUCGCAUGUUCAAGCUUCUUCCCAUGUUAACCUCCGGUUGCAAGAUGGUAGCACUUUUAGGCCGGCCAAGAAAGCAGCUUCUCACAGAUCAUGCCACCACCGGAACCCUAUUUGGUUACCGGAGAGGAAGAGUAAGCUUAGCCAUUCAAGAAGAUCCACACCGUCUCCCAAUCUUCGUGAUCGAACUUCCCAUGAGCUCCACGGCGUUCCAGAAAGAAAUGGCGUCGGAUAUCGUGAGGUUGUCACUGGAAAGUGAAACAAAAACUCAUAAGAAGAAGGUUUUGGAGGAAUACGUGUGGGGAGUUUAUUGUAAUGGGAGGAAAUAUGGGUAUUCGAUAAGAAGAAAACAUAUGACAGAUGAUGAACUUCAUGUCAUGCAGUCGCUCCGGGGAGUGUCGAUGGGUGCCGGAGUUCUGCCGGCGUUGUCGGAAAAGGAGUCGACGGUGGACGGUGAGUUGACUUAUAUGAGAGCAAGAUUUGAUAGAGUGGUGGGAAGCAAAGAUUCAGAAGCUUUUCAUAUGAUUAAUCCUGAAGGUGCUGCAGAUGGCCAAGAACUCAGCAUUUUCUUUGUAAGAAUACAUUAAAAAUAAGCAUAUAUUAUAUGAUCCAAUAUUUUUAAUUAGGGUUUUGUAUUGAUAUUGAUGAUGUAAAUCAAAACAAAAAUCUAAUUUUUGGUUGGGAAUU